GUGUGUCCCGUCUGCUUCUCAUCUGCCAGCCAGCAUAUGUCUCCGAGGCCGCCAGACGGUGUGCCUGCGACACCAAUCCUCGGCCCAGAGCUGCCACAGCGCCAGGACAGCCAGGAGUUGCGCAGGGGGCAGGGGCAGCUGGGUGAGGGUGAAAUGACCAGCACAAGGAUGGGGGAGACCAUUGUGCGGGGCGCUACCGUUGGGGCUGGGCCGAUCGCACAGGUGAUUGAUCAAUGAGACACCAGCAAUGCAUUGAGGGGCCUCUCGUGUCCUCUCUGCGAACGCAUGUCUGUCUGUCUGUCUCUGUCUCUGUCUUCAGUAUAAUGCUGGCCAUGGUGAGUUGGGUGCGGAGGUGCAGCGAGACUUUGCUCCUGAGUUGGCCCAGCAGGGCAUCAGAGUCUCCCACAGGCACACACGCAGCGACUGACUGAUAUACACUGUCGGACUGAAUCAAUGGUCCUGGUGGUAUUCACGGCGUGUUGUGCAUGGCUUAAACUCAUCUCAUAGGUG